CUAACGUCAAGCUGCGUUGUGGGUUCGUCUGUCACAUGACAAGCUCAGAGAUGGUGGCUGAUCCUCGUUUAAUAAUAUGAAAUGGACCGAAAACAAACUACUCCAAAAAGUGGAACCUAACCUUGUUUUAAAUCGGACAUCAAGGACUAAUCAUCUUACGUAUCCUAUCAAAGUUGCUUGUUACCUAACCUCUUGGCUCCAUUGAUGGCUUCACGAUGAAGGCCCAACUUCAGGUUAUCGUUCUCGCUGCGAAACUGAAAGAGAACAAGAAGAACUGGUUUGGGCCGAGUCCCUAUGUUGAGGUAGCAGUGGACGGCCAAUCCAAGAAGACGGAAAAAUGCACCAACACCUUCACUCCCAAAUGGAAACAGCCCAUCACUGUUAUUGUUACACCCUUCAGCAAGCUUAUCUUUCGGGUCUGGAGUCACCAGACACUGAAGGCCGACAUUCUUUUAGGGAUGGCCACUCUGGAAGUCAGCGAAAUGCUCAAGUCGAAUGACAUGAAAAUCUGUGAGGUGGUGCAGACGCUGCAGCUGAGUGCAGACAGGGACCAGUCGGACGUGGUGGGGGACCUGUGCGUCUGCCUGGACGGCAUGCAGGUGGAUCCGCAGACCUUCGCCGCCGAGGAGCAGAGUCGCGAAGCAUCACUUCCAAAUGGGGAUUUGAAACCAAAUAAAGAGCCAGAGAGGCCCAGCAGAGGCUCCUCCCCCGCCAGUGACAUCGCCGAUGAUGCUCCGGCUCUCCCCAAUGGCCACGCUGUCAACGGCACGGGGUCUCCCUCCCUGUCUGCAGGGGCCUCCAGACCGCCACGACCCCCCAGGCCUCUCCGCCCACCCCCUCCCCGCAGACCCACCUCCUCCCCAGCCUCUUCUAACGGCUCCACCCCGAGCCAUGGCAGCAGCGCGGCCAGCCCGGAGCCCAACCCCAGCCUGCAGGUGAACGGCACGCCGGAGGGCCCGAGCUCGGGGCCCCCCUCUGGCUCUGGCCCUGGCUCUGGCUCUGGGGCUGGGACGAGCCCCCCCGCGCCCAACCAGAACUCCAGCGCGCCGCCCGCCACUGCCCCCUCCCGGGUCAGCCCCAUCAACACCGGACCCCUGCCCCCCGGGUACGUCCGUCCUGACAUCCCUGAAAAUCCUACACGUAGCCCCUUCAACACCGGGCAGCUACCCCACGGCUGGGAGCAGAGAGUGGACCAGACUGGCCGUGUGUAUUAUGUGGAUCACCUGGAGAAGCGGACCACCUGGGAGAGACCUGAGCCGUUGCCACCUGGGUGGGAGCGUCGUGCGGACCCCAUGGGCCGGGUCUACUACGUAGACCACAUCAGCCGCACCACCACCUGGCAGAGACCCACUGCCGAGUCGGUGCGCAACUACCAGGAGUGGCAGAGCCAGCGCAGUCAGCUGCAGGGGGCCAUGCAGCAGUUCAACCAGAGGUUCAUCUACGGGCUUCAGGAACAGAUUGCACCCACCACAACCACCCAGAAAGAAUUCGACCCUCUUGGCCCUCUUCCACAGGGAUGGGAGAAAAGAACAGACAGCAAUGGCAGAAUGUACUUUGUGCAUCACCCUACGCGCUCCACGCAAUGGGAGGACCCUCGCACGCAAGGGCUACUGAACGAGAAGCCUCUGCCCGAGGGCUGGGAGAUGAGAUUCACAGUGGACGGCAUCCCUUAUUUUGUGGACCACAACCGCCGGACCACCACCUAUAUCGACCCUCGCACUGGAAAGUCCUCUCUAGAAAAUGGUCCCCAGAUCACCUAUGUGCGAGACUUCAAAGCCAAAGUGCACUACUUCAGAUUCUGGUGUCAGCAACUCUCCAUGCCCCAGCACAUCAAGAUUCAUGUCACUCGCAAAACUUUGUUUGAAGAUUCAUUUCAGCAGAUCAUGAGUUUUCACCCUCAAGACCUGCGGAGGAGGCUGUGGAUCAUCUUCCCUGGGGAAGAGGGGCUGGACUACGGAGGAGUGGCCAGGGAGUGGUUCUUCCUGUUGUCCCAUGAGGUUUUGAAUCCCAUGUACUGUCUGUUUGAGUAUGCUGGAAAAGACAACUACUGCCUGCAGAUCAACCCUGCCUCCUCCAUCAACCCCGAUCACCUCAAGUACUUCAAGUUCAUCGGCCGAUUCAUUGCCAUGGCUUUGUUUCAUGGGAAGUUCAUUGACACAGGAUUCUCCCUGCCCUUCUACAAACGCAUCCUCAGCAAGCCUUUGGGCCUAAAGGAUCUGGAGUCCAUUGACCCGGAGUUCUACAACUCCCUCAUCUGGAUCAAGGACAACAACAUCGAGGAGUGCGGUCUGGAGAUGUACUUCUCGGUGGAUAAGGAGAUCCUGGGCGAGGUCACCACUCAUGAGCUCAAGGCAGACGGAGGAAACGUCCUGGUCACGGAGGAGAAUAAAGAGGAGUACAUCAGGUUGGUGGCAGAGUGGCGUCUGUCGCGUGGCGUAGAGGAGCAGACGCAGGCCUUCUUUGAGGGAUUUAAUGAAGUUCUCCCUCAACAGUACCUGCAGCUCUUUGACGCCAAGGAGCUUGAGGUGAUGCUCUGUGGGAUGCAGGAGAUCGACAUGGCUGACUGGCAGAGGAACACCAUCUACAGACACUACGCCCGCAGCAGCAAGCAGAUCCUCUGGUUCUGGCAGUGUGUGAAGGAGAUGGACAACGAGAAGAGGAUGCGACUGCUGCAGUUUGUGACGGGCACGUGCCGGCUUCCCGUCGGAGGCUUUGCUGACCUCAUGGGGAGCAAUGGUCCUCAGAAGUUCUGCAUUGAGAAAGUGGGGAAAGAGAAUUGGCUUCCGCGAAGUCACACUUGCUUUAACCGUCUGGAUUUGCCACCUUAUAAGAGCUACGAGCAGAUGAAGGAAAAGCUGAUGUUUGCCAUUGAAGAGACGGAAGGUUUUGGGCAGGAGUGAAAUACACACACACAUGUACACACACACCGAUGCUCUUCUUUUGAGCCUGGAAACCCGUUGGGGACAAGUUUUACCUGUGAAAAUCACCUGAAAGAGACACAAAGACAGAAGAGUGUGUGUGCGUGUGGUGUGUGUGUGUGUGUGUGUGUGUGUGUGUGCGUGCGUGCGUGUGUGUGUGAGUGAGCACGUCAGUUCACCUUACAACCCCUUAUUAACUGAU